UGGUCCUCACAACGAAGCGGCUGAAUUAUUGGGAAACGAAAAGAAAGAAGUCUUUUUCCUUCCAUUCCUUUUCGCACCACCAAAGACCAUCAGAGCCAUCAAGCAUCCUCUGUACUGUAGCUGCUUGAAGAACCACACAAUGGCAAAGAGAAAGAGAGAAGCAACGGAUUCGAAUGCUGCUGAAGGGGGCGACGAAGAUGAUGAGAUAACGACGGAGACGAGAGAGAUAUCGCCGGCGCAUUAUGUGUUCAAGAUCGAGUCUUUCUCUCUGCUUUCAAAGAACGACAUCACCAUGUAUGAGACGAACGAUUUCAAAGUUGGUGACCAGAAGUGGAGAUUGAUUAUCUAUCCUGAUGGAGACAAGAGUAACAAGGGAGAAGAUCACGUGUCCCUGUAUCUGGCUGUUUCUGAGGCUGAUCCUCUGAAAGUUGACGGGGAGAUAAAUGCAACUGUUAGGUUCUUUGUGUUUGAUCAAAUACGCGAUGAAUACUUGUUAAGAGAAGGGAAAAACAGGAGGUUUCGUGCAAUGAAGCACAAAUGGGGUAUUCCAAGAUUUUUGCCGCUGAAAACUUUCAUCAAUCCAUCAAAUGGCUACCUUGUUGAUGACACUUGUGUGUUCGGAGUGGAGGUAUUUGUUGCCAAAAGUUUAGGUCUGGGUGAAUGCUUGACACUAAAAGCGAGUCCAAACUCUGUUUGUCACAAAUGGAAGAUAUCAACCUUCUCUACAUCGGGGAAUGGGCGCUGCUCUGAAGUUUUCACUGCAGGGAAUCACAACUGGAGGUUACAUCUAUAUCCAAGGGGUGACCAGCAUAACAAGGACAAAAACCUUUCGGUAUAUCUCUGUUUAGUAGAUUCUGGUGAUCAGAAAGUCAAAGCCACUUAUACCAUCCGGUUAAAAGGGAAAUCUGGCGAGACGCAUCAGAUGACAGGAGAUUAUUGGUUUACUGGUCCAACUAAAAAGUGUGGUAUGCCCUCCUCCUCCUUGCCGCUGACAACCGUUCAAGAUGACUUAGCUGGUAAUGAUUUUGUCGUGGAGGCUGAAGUGGAAGUUCUUGGCACAGUGAGUAAACUUCCAUGAUUGUUGCUGAGUUAAUGAUCAGACAAUCACUUAAUGAUGUUUCUUUCAUGGGUUGAGUAUGUCUUUUCUUGUGCUUAGACCACCCUUGUUGGACUACUUCUGGGUUGAAUAGUCCAUUUUGAUAGUUAGUCUUCAAAGGGUCAUGGUUCUCUCUGCGCUAGAAAGGCUGGGUGGGGGAGUGUAAUUGCAAACUCUUUUGUCUGCGUCACCUUUCAAAGAUUGCGAUUGCUAUGAAAUAUUAGUCUCU